CAACUAGAGAGAGUGAUGGUUGGUUUGUAUCAUGAACAAUGAAUAUGAUGUUUUGAAAGGUUCGAGUGCAAGCCAAGGUGGUCUAUAUUUUCCAAAGAAAAUACAAACCGAAAAAACAGAAAUAACAGAGUCGAAAGGUGUUGAGCAUUUACAUACGGAAAAGAAGACUUUGUUACCUGAACAACUUGAAAACAAAGUUAGCCCUGCAGUUUCCCUGGUUUCUUAUGGAGAAACUGUUGAUAAAAACAGUCAUUCGAGAGAAGAUAGACACAGCCAUUGGCCGAGACAUGCACACAAAAGGAAACGUCUUGAGAGCACACCAAGUUUGUCGACAGAGUCGGUAUUUCCCGGCGUUGGCAAUAGACCACCUGCCAUUUCUAAAAAGAAACCCGAUUUUCGUACCAAACCAAAGUUGCUGGCUACUUCCGAUAAUAGUUUAUUGAGUCGCAACAAGUCCGAAACGAUUCGUACUCCAAGCAGGAUUUCAUGGGAAGGUUCAACCCCUAAGAUAUCCACUUGGGACACCGAAGAUCCCAGCCAAGUCGACCUUCCCUAUUUGUUGGAUAGGAACACUCCAAUGACUGGAAAGCUUCCCAGCUAUGAAGAUGACAAUAGUAGAGCUUCGACUCCAGUUGAUGAUGCACUGUAUAAGGAACAAGAAUUUCUAUUGGAGCGUGAAUGGUAUUUAAAGGAUGAAGAGGGCUCUGUCAUGGAUGAUAGCAGUGGUUCCUAUUUAUUAAAUAACAAUACUUCCCAUGUACAAGAACGUCGUGCUAAGAAAGUAUCGGCAAGAACAGCUGCCUUGAAUGAAGAUUCAAACAGAUGGGAAAACCUGCAGAUGCGUCUUGGAGGAGGCGAUAGAUCUCAACAAAAGUUUGAUAUAGAAGUAGAUGAUGAAGAAACAGUUCGCGUGAGUCUUUUAGUGAAAGAUACUACUCCACCAUUUUUAGAAGGACAAACGAAUUGGAAAGGUUCAUUAGAUACAGUAUUACCUGUGAAAGACUCUACUAGUGAUCUUGCAAAGAUUGCAAGAAAAGGAAGCCGUGUUGUUCAAGAGGCAAGAGAACAAAGAGAAAGAGGUCAAGCAAGAGUCAAAUAUUGGGAACUUGGAACGGCAGCAGGAGCAAAAGAGAAGGAAGCAGAAGAAGCUCAAAGAGAAAGACAAGAAACGGAAGCUUCAUUGAGAAAGAUACAAAGUUCCAACGAUGUUGAUGAUUAUAAAAGCAGCAUGAGAUAUGGAAAUGUGUUGACUGGAAAAGCAUCUGAACGUGAAGAACGCCAACAUUCCAUUGCACAACAGAGAAAAACACUCCCUAUUUAUGGAAUGAAGAAUGACAUAUUGAGAGUUGUUCGUGAAAAUCAGAUUGUAGUUAUUGUUGGUGAAACGGGAAGUGGAAAGACCACUCAGUUGACACAAUAUCUUCAUGAAGAAGGCUAUUCCAAGAGAGGAAUUAUUGGAUGCACUCAACCAAGAAGAGUUGCUGCUGUAAGUGUUGCCAAUCGAGUUGCAGAAGAAAUGCAAGUGGAACUUGGAAAGGAAGUUGGUUAUGCCAUUCGGUUUGAAGACUUUACUUGUGAGAAAACGGUAAUAAAAUAUAUGACGGAUGGUAUCUUAUUACGAGAGAGUCUUAGUGAUCCAGACUUGGAAAAAUAUUCAUGUGUUAUUAUGGAUGAAGCUCAUGAACGUAGUUUGAAUACGGAUGUAUUAUUUGGAAUUUUGAAACAGUUGGCUUCGAGAAGAUCCGAUUUGAAGAUCAUCGUUACUUCGGCUACUUUAGAAUCUGAAAAGUUUGCAGAAUUCUUUGGAAGAGUACCAGUAUUUCGUAUCCCUGGUCGUACAUAUCCAGUGGAUAUAUUUCAUUCUAAAUCAGUUGUAGAAGACUAUGUUGAAGGUGCUGUUCGACAAGUAUUACAGAUUCAUCUUCAGGCAACGGUUCCAGGAGAUAUUUUGGUAUUCAUGACUGGCCAGGAAGAUAUCGAAGUUACUUGCGAAACGAUUGCAACUCGUUUAGAAAAGUUAGAAGGUGCAAAACCAUUACUUAUCUUGCCUAUUUAUUCGCAGUUGGCUUCAGAUCUUCAAGCAAAGAUAUUUGAACCUGCUCCAGAAGGAACUCGGAAAGUUGUCGUGGCCACCAAUAUUGCUGAAACUUCUUUAACUGUAGACGGAGUGAAAUAUGUGGUUGAUACUGGAUUUUGUAAGUUGAAAACUUAUAAUCCAAGAAUCGGAAUGGAUGCUUUGUUACUAUGUCCUGUAUCGCAGGCUUCAGCGUCUCAGAGAGCUGGUCGUGCAGGUAGAACUGGACCAGGUCGUUGUUAUCGUUUGUAUACGGAAUACGCUUUUUCUCAUGAAAUGUUACCAGCAAAUGUCCCUGAAAUACAAAGAACCAAUCUUGGCCAUGUUGUUUUGCUUCUUAAAUCUCUCGGAGUAUCCGAUUUACUUCAUUUUCCCUUUAUGGACCCUCCUCCACCAGAGAAUAUUGUCAAGUCGAUGUUGGGUCUUUGGUUUCUGGGUGCAUUGGAUGGAGGUGGAAGACUGACAGAUUUGGGAAAGCGAAUGUCAUCUUUUCCUCUGGAUCCUCCACUUUCUGCCAUGAUUCUGGCAGGCGAACGUUUUGGAUGUAGUGAUGAAGUAGUGACUAUUGUAUCUAUGCUUUCCGUGCCUUCCAUAUUUAUACGUCCACCAGGAAGAGAAGAAGAAGCAGAUGCAGUUCGUGAAAAGUUUUUGGUUCCUGAAAGUGAUCAUCUUACGCUGCUUCAUAUAUUUCAACGUUAUCGAAGCAAUGGUUGUCGAGCGGAAUGGUGCAACAAACACUUUUUAAAUAGCAAAGGAAUGCGAAAAGCUGCUGAAGUCCGUUCACAACUUGUCGAUUUGAUGAAAGAACAAGGGAUGGAGCUAGCCAGUUGUGGGUUGAAAUGGGAUAUUAUUCGAAAGGCUAUAUGUGCAGCAUACUUUCAUCAAGCGGCACGAAUGAAGGGUAUUGGUGACUAUGUCAACUUGCGUACUUCAGUACAAUGUUAUUUGCAUCCUAGCAGUGCACUUGCAGGUUUAGGAUACAACCCAGAAUAUGUAGUUUAUCACGAACUUGUGUAUACGGGAACAAAAGAGUAUAUGCAUUGUGUUACUGCAGUGGAACCUCAAUGGUUGGCAGAGCUGGGUCCUAUGUUCUUUACUCUCAAGGAAGGAAACACGAGUCGUUUAGAAAAACAACGCCAAGAACAACAAGACCGUUUGUUGAUGGAGCAGCAACAUGAAGAAGCAAAACGUGAAAAGGAAAGAGAACAAGCCAUGGCAUCCAAACUCAAAAGUCGAAAUCGAAUUGCAACGCCUGGCGCCACUCCACGAUUCCGGCCUUGGUUUUUCUAAUGAGCAUUUUUUCUUCCAAAAUGGCGCUCAACUGUCUCUCUAUUGUAAUUGAGACUCGUCCUACUUGUAUAUUUGGUUUUCAUUUGAAUUAUAUUUAUCUAUAUGAUGUGGAAUAGCACUGCUUGCUUUGAUGUGUGUAUUUCAUACCCUGCAAGUACCGUUAUUCUUCACAUGUGUGCUCGAAAUAAAUAUUUUGGAUUUUUUUUUGCAUUUUGUUCCACUUUUUGGGUAUUGGUGGGCAUUGUCAUUUUCAUCACACUUACAUAACACACACACACACACUACAUAUAUAUAUAGAGAGAGAGAGAUAUUUGUGU